ACAUUAAUAUUUUGUGAGGAUUUAUUAUUUACACACUGACCAGCAAGAUAAAUGUUUACAUUUUAAAUAUUAUUGGAACCUCGUCGGUGCAAUUUUCCCAUAUGAAAUAUUUUUAUUAAAUCCUCGUCAUUGAGGCUUUUACCUGACCUGGCUAUAUUUUCUUCUGAGUUUGUGGGAGGCGAGGAUGAGUGUGGGUGUGGGUGUGGGCGUGAGGGCGUGGGUGUGAGGGGCGGCGGAAGUUGGUAUCUAUAGUCGUUAUCAAGGAGUGACGCCCAUAACACCUCCUCGCACUUCUCUCUCUCUUAUUUCCUCCCUCAUGACGCUACCACAAUGAUUCUUCUGGAGAUUAACAACAGAAUCCUCGAGGAAACGUUGACCGUUAAAAUAAGAAACUCCUUAAAUGGUAAUAAAGCAGAGUCCAUUGAUGUCACUAUAGCAGAUUUUGAUAGCGUCCUCUACCACUUAUCUAAUGUUAAUGGUGAUAAGACAAAAAUACGGGUGAGCAUCUCACUGAAGUUCUACAAGCAGUUACAAGAGCAUGGAGCAGAUGAACUUAUUCAAGAAGAAUACGGCAGCCUUCUUAUGGCUGAGCCAGAGUUCGGUUUUAAUGUUUCUCUCUUACUGGAUCUCGAAAAACUUCCCGAGGACUGGCAAGAGCUGGUCAGAAAGAUAGGACUGCUCAAGAGGAAUUGCUUUGCAUCAGUCUUCCAGAAAUAUUUUGAAUUCCAGGAACAGGGAUUGGAAGGCCAGAAGAAAGCAAUUAUACACUAUAGAGAUGAGGAAACAAUGUAUGUAGAAGCCAAGGCAGACAGAGUCACGGUGGUGUUUAGUACAAUCUUUAAAGAUCCUGAUGAUGUAAUUAUCGGGAAAGUCUUUAUGCAAGAAUUCAAGGAAGGAAAACGAGGAAGUCAAACAGCGCCCCAUGUAUUAUUCUCUCACAAGGAGCCUCCAUUAGAGCUUCAAGACACUGAAGCCAGACAAGGAGAAAAUAUUGGAUAUGUUACAUUUGGUAAGUAAAAAUAUGAGUUUGAU